AUGAUAUGGGGAAUCGAUUUAACUCAAACGAAAAUUAAUUCUUUUGUAAACGCUACGAUUUGGUCGACGCAAAAUGAAUAUAAUAUAAAAAGCGAAUUCUUUGUUACAAAUAAUAUAUCUCAUUGCAUACCUACUAGAGAAUUAAAUAGAGAGGAAAUCACUAUCCCUGAGCACAUUAUCCUAGCUGAUCCUGAAUAUUAUAAAUCUAAACCUGUCGAUCUUCUUUUAGGAACAAAUGUUUUUUGGGAUUCUCUUGAACCACAGCAAAUAAAGCAAGGGCGAGGACAUCCAGUGUUGCAGCUGACGAAAUUCGGUUGGAUUCUGGGAGGACUUUUGUCGGCAACAAAUUCAGAAAAUCAUUUUAAGUCACGAUCAUCAUUUUGUGGUUUUUUAUCCGAUGGAUCUCUCAAUGAUCAGGUUGAAAGAUUUUGGCAGAUGAACGAAGAAAUUCCAAAUAAAGAAAAGUCCGAGCAAGAAUUGGAAUGCGACAAGAUGUUCAAGGCUUCAUAUACACGUGAUGCUGAUGGACGAUUUGAGGUCGACAUACUGCUAAAAAGAGAUGUGAGUGAACUUGGAGAAUCUAGGAGCAAUGCUGAAAAAAGGUUGCUUGCAACAGAACGUCGACUUCUCAAGGACGAAUCAAUGAAGGUACGAUAUAGUGAAUUUUUGGAAGAAUAUUUGUCGGUUGGUCAUAUGUCUCUUAUUCCAAAAGAUCAGUUAUUCAAGGACGAAAACUAUUUACCCCAACAUGCGGUGUUCAAGGAGUCCAGCACGUCAACCAAACUCCGAGUGGUAUUCGAUGCUUCGUGCAAGACGAAAUCUGGAAUCUCGCUAAACGAUUGUGUGAUGGUGGGUCCAACGAUUCAGAGGGAACUCUUCGACAUAAUUGUCCGUUUUAGAUAG